ACAAGGCUGGGUGGGGCUCCGCAGAAGUCCUUGGGCAGGCAGCUCCCAUGCUCCUCCCCACACCCCUCCCUCUGCCCUCCUGGCACUACAAAGGCCCUCCUGGCGCUCCCCACAUACCUUCUCUCACCAUGGAGUUCGACCUGGCUGCAGCCCUGGACUCCACCUCCAAGAAGCCACAGGGGACAGCCCAGGUGGGAGACCACAAACACAGCACCCCCAAAGUGCAGGGCCCGUCAGAGGCCGGGGCGGCAGAUAAACCGAAGCAUGGCCACGGUCACCGCAGCUCCUCAGACUCCAGCAGCAGCAGCAGCAGCUCCGGCGACUCGGACGUGGAAGCAAAGCCUCACGCUGCCGCGUCGGACAAGCACAAAAGCACAGCCGGCAAGGUCAAGAAGCCCAAGGUGAAAAAGCAGAAGAAGAAAGAAAAGGCGAAGAAAGAGGCUCCUCACUGACCCACCUGGGCGGGGGGUCUCAUUAAACCUUUUCUCGGCCGGA